UGUUCAGUGAAGAACUGCAGAACAGCCUUCCACGUCACCUGUGCGUUUGACCGUGGCUUGGAGAUGAAGACCAUACUGGCGGAGAACGAUGAGGUGAAAUUUAAGUCAUACUGUCCUAAGCACAGCUCCACCAAGAAGGCGGAUGAUGAGACUUUCAGUGAGAGCCCCGGCCAGGUGAACGGAAAUGGGACUCAGGACCACUCUCUUCCUCCCCACGUUGACUCUUUCCACAGCAUGGAUCAAAACCAGGAGGAGGCCCACAGGGUCAGCCUCCGCAAGCAGAAGCUCCAGCAGCUGGAGGAUGAGUUCUAUACAUUUGUGGAGUCUUUGGAAGUGGCUAAAGCGCUGCAGCUGCCUGAGGAGCCGGUGGAAUUCCUUUACCAGUACUGGAAGCUGAAGAGAAAAGCCAACUUCAAUAAGCCUUUGAUUACCCCAAAGAAGGACGAAGAGGACAAUCUGGCUAAACGGGAGCAGGAUGUUCUGUUCAGGAGGUUGCAGCUCUUCACACACCUCCGGCAGGAUCUCGAGCGGGUGCGUAAUCUCACUUACAUGGUGACCCGAAGGGAAAAAAUCAAGAGAUCUGUUUGCAAAGUUCAAGAACAGAUAUUUAAUAUCUACGCAAAGCAAUUGGAACAAGAAAGAGCUACAGGUGUGCCUUCUUCAUUCUCCUCAAUGGAAAACACGGUGUUGUUCAACAGUCCAUCUUUGGGCCCCGAUGCCCCUAAGAUAGAGGAUUUGAAAUGGCACUCUGUGUUCUUCAGGAAGCAGAUGGGGACGUCUCUAGCCCACUCUCUGAAAAAGCCACACAAGAGAGAGCGAGCGAGAAGCGGCGCGGGGAAGGAGGGCAAGCCCACGCUGCGGCCGCCCGGCCAGAGGGAGGGCGGUGCCGCCCCCGGCGGCCUUCUCAGUUUUGACAAGACCUUUGAGGACACACAGGUUGUAUCAGCACAGCAGAAAAAUGGCAUAGUGAUGCCAGACCACAGAAAAAGAAGAGACAAUCGUCCACAGUGUGAGGUGAUGAAGGCAGAACUGAAGGAAAAGACUUCUAAACACAACCACAAACCGUUGAGACCCACGGAACUUUCUCAGAGGCAAUCGGAAAAUAAAAGGGCUGUGAACCACUCCAGCGGUAGGUCAGCACCUGGCACGCGGAGGGAUAUAGUGCCUAAAUGCAAUGGGGGUCUUGUCAAAGUAAACUCUAAUCAGACAGUAGUUAAAGUGCCUACGACGCCCACGAGCCCCGUGAAAAACUGGGGCGGAUUCCGAAUUCCAAAGAAGGGGGAAAGGCAACAGCAGGGUGAGAGCCCGGAGGAGACCUGCCGUCAGAACUCCAGCUACUCCUACCUGGGCGUGGGCAGAGUUUCACCGAAGGACAGGACAAAAAGCAAGCUAAAGCCUGACAGUGAGAAUGAUGGGUACAUCCCCGACGCCGAAAUGAGCGACUCGGAGACUGAAGUGGCUGAAAAGAAGUGCAGGCAGCAGAGGCUCAGUCCAAACCGCGCUAUCGGCAGGAGGACGGACAUUAUUAGGAGAAGCAUCCUGGCAUCUUGA